GCAAGGAAAAGCGCGAACCAGAACGGAAAUCGCAUGCGCACGAGGGUAGACUUAAAGAAAUUAUUAAAACUAAAUCACAAUUUUUAUUUAGUUAUAUAUUUUUUAAUGAGAAAAACUGCAUAUUGCAUUGAAUUUUGGAUGUAUCAAAGUGUAGCUUGUUACAAUGGUUGACUGUUGCCCCGUCGUCAUGGUAACAGUAUGGCUGUCUUCCGGAGUUAGUAUUAAAUCAUUGGUUUGUAUGUUUUUAUCUUUCCAAGAUCAGAAAGGACACCAGGAAGUAAAUGAUGGAGCUUGUUGGAAACAGUUACAAGGGAAAUACAAAAAAUGGCAGGAUGGAUGGUGAAGGUGAAUACACCUUUCCCACAAAUACAAAGUAUGUGGGAGAGACGAAAGAUGGGAUGUUUCAUGGCAAAGGGUUUCUACUCUUUCCGAAUGGCAGUAAAUAUGAGUCCACCUGGGAAAAUGGCAUAGCUAAACAGGGAUCAUUUACAUUUGCUGAUGGUUUGCAGUACCAGGAGAAGAACUGGGACUACUGCAAUGGUUACGACAGGCGCUUCUAUAGUGAGAGGUGCAAUGGACUCAGACCUGCAGGAGAAUCUCAGAUGACUGAUCUACAUCCUCCACGAGCUAUUCCUGAUGGGUGUUACGACUGUGGAGAUGGCUUCUAUGACCCCACUACCAGAGUCAUUACUUCAUACAUGGGCAAAUUCCUUAGGAAUGCAGAUGACUCGGAACAUGAGUGGAUUGUGAGGACUUGUCGGAAAGCCUUGGAUGACGUGGCUGAUCCUGAAAAAUCCUUUGAACCCAGAUCUGAGAAGAGCAGCAGCAUCUACUGAUAUAACCUGGUUAUAAAUCUACUACGUGCUGUCCAAUUAACUCCUGUAUUUUUAUUUAGCUUGUCCACACAACAGACAUACUCUGUAUUCACUGUAACAAAAUGGGCUUCGAUCCACAAAAUAAAUAAAAAUUCUGACACAGACACAGUUUCUGUUUCACACUAACAUUUAGUAGGUGCAGAAACGUUUUUGAACAGUUUUUAUCUGGAUUAUUUUAUAGGGUUCAUGUGUGCAUUCAUGCAAAAAGAAUAUAUAAACCUGAAGCAGAUACAUGAUGCAGACCCACAUGCACACAUGAGGCUGUGUAGUAAAAAAUAAACAAUAACACAUAUAAUGCACCACAACUAAAAAGCUAAAAGUUUACAGCUAUUUUAUAUUUAUUUUGUUUCUGUUUUUGCAUUUAAAUAUUAUUUCUAUUUGUACUUAUUUUAAUUACUGCACAAGCUUCAGUACUUUAAGCCUCAUAUGUUUGGUCAAAUGAAAAAGGAUUUUAUGCUUUGCAGA